AUGGCAAGCAAAGCGGCACACAAGCGGUUGACCCGCGAAUACAAGACGAUUUCCGAGAACCCGCCACCUUACAUUACAGCCCAUCCUUCCGAGUCGAACAUCUUGGAAUGGCACUAUAUUAUUACCGGCCCCGAAGAAACGCCCUACCACGGCGGGCAAUACUGGGGCACUCUAAUCUUCCCUCCCAACUAUCCGUUUGCGCCGCCCGCCAUCCGAAUGCACACACCUUCAGGACGAUUUCAACCGUCGAGUCGGCUGUGUCUGUCGAUAUCAGACUUCCACCCAAAGUCAUUCAAUCCCGCGUGGGAGGUUUCGACCAUUCUCAUCGGUCUCUUGUCAUUCAUGACGAGCGACGAGAUGACCACUGGUUCCAUGUCAACAACCCAAACAGAAAAGAAAUACCUUGCCUCACGGACUCGAUGGUGGAACUCUACAGGCGGAGGAUCUCAGGGCAGGCCUUCUAUCCAAAAGGGCAACGUCAAGGCCGGCGAUGGAGGCGCCAAGUUCCGCGCCGAAUGGCCCGAAGUCGACACGGAGAACUGGGAGUGGAUGAGGAAGAACAAGAUCGAGUCGACAACAGGUAACCGGUUGGAUGGCGAGAACGGGUCAUCUUGCGGGCCACAACUAGGCAUCACGGGGACCAGCGGCCACCAGGCGCAGGCUGUAGUGGAUGCAGUUGUUCAGCAGCGUGAUGCCGGUCGUGGUUGGAUAUAUCGGAACAAGCUGCUGGUGGCGGGGGCGGCAAUCUUCAUUUACGUGCUCAUCGCGAGACUCGUGAGCGGCGAAGGGAUCGCGUAG